AUGACUGAAAAUGCAUUCGUCGCACCUGAAAAGAUGAUAAAAAAUGUGUUCGAUCUCAAUCCUUGGUACUUCUCGAAGGCUUAUGAAGAAUAUCUGGCAUUCUUGCACCGUCUCAAUGAUUCGGUGAUUGGUGUCCACACAACGGCAGAUUUACGAUGCAACGAGUUAGUCAUCGAUUUCAUCGAAAUGCUAGAUGGUCUUGAGAAGUGGAUUGAUGAAAUUCCAUUGGAGGAAAUAUCAGAGCAAAGGUUCGGAAACAAGGCAUUCAGGCAUUUUUACGAGAAAUUGUGCAAGGAAGCACCGGAGCUACUGAAAAAUGUUCUCCCCUCUAACACUCAUGAUGCUCUUAUUGAAUUAGUUCCAUACUUCACUGAGUCGUUCGGAAACUCUACAAGGAUCGACUAUGGGUCCGGCCACGAAGCAAACUUCCUUAUCUUCAUUUUCUGUCUCCAAAAACUGGGAGUAUUCAAUGACCACGAUAAUCAAGUUCUGGUUUUACGUAUUUUCAAUAAAUAUCUAAGAGUGUGUCGCCACCUACAGACAAAGUUCAAGAUGGAACCCGCAGGAAGUAGAGGCGUUCAUGCAAUUGAUGAUUUUCAAUUUGCUCCCUUCAUUUUCGGUAGCGCUCAAUUAAUUGGUUCAAAAAGUUUGGUUCCUGACAGUUACUUGAAAUCAACUGUUGUCGAAGCUAAUGCACAUAUAAGCCUGUUCCUGGAUGCUGUGAACUUCAUCAACCAAACAAAAACCGGGCCAUUUCAUGAACAUUCCAAUCAGUUAUGGAACAUUUCUGCUGUCCCUCACUGGAAAAAAGUAAACAGUGGAAUGUUCAAAAUGUAUGAGGGAGAAGUACUGAAGAAAUUUCCCGUUGUGCAACAUUUGAUGUUUGGGUCUUUGUUUUCUUUCGAGCGAACAGAACACAUCAAAGAAUCUUCUGAAGAUAUUUCUCAGAUUUCACGUGAUGAUUCAAUGCCACCAGUUUGUCAAAUGCCUCCUCGAGCUCCAGCACAGCAUGGAAUGUUCGCUUUCCAAAUUCCGGCAGCUGCCAACUCUUCAACUGUUCGGUCUGCGACUGUUGUGGAAUCUGGAGAUUUAAGAAAACUUCAUACUGAGAAACAUCCUGAAGAACGUUGCCCACCUCCGAUGCCUGAACCAUAA